CCCAACAACCAAAAAAACAAUCGAAACCUUACGACAACCAGAAGCAACAAACCCACUGAACCAGAGUACCGAACCACUCAAAGGAAAAGCAAAAAAAGCACACCAACGACCGGCCGGGGACCAAGAAACUUCAAGCAUCAUACAGCAAAUUUCAACAAGGUUUUAAUUAAUAAGCAAGCACCACCACUCGGCAUAACGAAUAACAGGAAAAAAACAAUCGCAUCAUAGAUUAUAUCCAACCCCGAAUGAACGAGAUGGUCUCAUUAUCUUUCCCCCGCCCCGUCCGAGUGUCUUCUUCUGCCACUAUCAUCAGUUUGUUUUUGGUCUUCAUCUUCUUGGCCAAACCAAGCCAGUCUCAAUUCGGAAACAUCUUCGAACAAUUCUUCCAGCAAGACGAGUCCGAUGGUCCCCAUCGACAUCAUUCAGGCCACUCGUCCGGUCAAGGCUCGUCAGAUAAGUUCAAGAUGGUCCGAGACCAGACCCGAUGUUCCGACUACCUAUGUCCCUCGACGCUGGAUUGCGUGGCGUCUCCAAGCGAUUGUCCUUGUCCUUUCAUCGAAGACAUCAAAUGUCCCAUCUCUAUCCCUCUCAACCCUUCCUCUUCUGCUACUCUUAAAAAAUUCCAGGACUCUUUUAUUUGUACUAGAGCUCCGGGAUGCUCUCAAGUUCAGAAAGCUCUCAAAUUUGGAUCUUGAUAAUCCAGAUCACAUCUCCUCUAUGCAUCUUUUCUCCUUUAGACUUACAAUUUAUCUGAACAAAAAUCUCU